GUUUUACCCCUUUUAACGGCGAAUCUACGUGUGCGCGAAAGCUGAAACCUUUCACGGGGAAAUCAAUCUAUAGAGACAACGAGACGGGAUUACGAAUGAUAGAUCCGCAAUCAGACAAGAACCCUCCACUCUUCCUUGUCUGAUUCCCAAACUGCGAAACCCUUUUUUAUGAAAAAAGAUUAGAUUUUUUAGGUAAGGUGAAAAUAAUGGAAUCGGAGCUAAAGAAUAUGAAUUCGAAUCCACCGACGAGCAAGGAGGAGCGCCCAUUGCUCAAAUCGGAAUCCGAUGUCUCCGCCGCCAUUGAAGAGCUCGACAAAAAGUUCGCGCCUUACGCGAGGACGGACUUGUACGGGACGAUGGGGUUGGGUCCUUUUCCGGCGGCGGAGAAAGUCAAGCUCGCGGUGGCGAUGGUGACGCUUGUGCCCGUUCGGUUUGUUCUGGCGAUGACGAUCUUGCUUCUGUAUUACUUGAUAUGCAGGGUGUUUACUCUGUUCUCGUCUCCGCAUCGUGAAGAAGAGGAAGAAGAGGAAGUUGUUCAGGAAGAUUAUGCUCACAUGGGAGGGUGGAGACGGAGUGUGAUCGUGCGGUGUGGGAGGUUUCUCUCGAGGGUUUUGCUUUUCGUGUUUGGGUUUUAUUGGAUUCCUGAGAGACGUCCGGAUCCUGAAACCAUUUGUUCUGAGGAAGGGGAAACCGAUAAGGAGGAACCUGAAAGACCUGGGGUCAUUGUGUCUAAUCACGUUUCGUACCUGGACAUUUUGUAUCAUAUGUCUGCUUCUUUCCCUAGUUUUGUUGCCAAGAGAUCAGUGGGCAAACUUCCUCUUGUUGGCCUCAUCAGCAAGUGCCUUGGUUGCGUCUAUGUCCAGCGAGAAGCAAAAUCACCUGAUUUCAAGGGUGUAUCUGGCACAGUAAAUGAGAGAGUUAGAGAAGCUCAUAGGAAUAAAUCUGCUCCAACUAUUAUGCUUUUUCCAGAAGGAACAACCACCAACGGAGACUACUUACUUACAUUCAAGACAGGUGCAUUUUUGGCAGGAACUCCUGUUCUUCCUGUUAUUUUAAAAUACCCGUACGAGCGUUUCAGUGCAGCAUGGGAUACAAUAUCCGGAGCACGUCACGUUCUCUUCCUUCUCUGUCAAUUCGUAAACCACUUGGAGGUGAUACGGUUACCUGUAUACUACCCUUCACAAGAAGAGAAAGAUAAUCCCAAACUAUAUGCUAGCAACGUCCGGAAACUAAUGGCCAGCGAGGGUAACAUGAUACUGUCGGAUUUGGGACUUGGAGACAAAAGGAUAUAUCACGCGACCCUCAAUGGUUUGUUUUGCGAAAGCUAAUAUGAUGGACACUCGAAAAUUCGUGGUCCGUAGAUUUCAUUUAUUCAUAGGACACAAGGAUUACACUUUAACACCACACCAGUUAUAUAUAACACAAAACAUUUCUAUCUACAUUUGUUAUUCUUUUUUGCCUCUGUCAACUGCUGAUGCAAGUUUAGACAAACACAUACACACACGCCAGGUUCAAAUCUUGUAGAGAAGACUUAAGAGUACAUAUAAUGUUGUUGAUUCUUUA